AUGAGAGAAGCAAAUGUCAGUGAGUGGUAUUAUGAAUUCAAGUGGAACGACAAACCACUGGUUCCCAUCACUCCCACUAACGUCCUCAGGAUUCCAGAGCUAACGCCCGACAGGAACGGGGAUUAUCAGUGCAUCGCUCACCACAACAGCUCAGAAGAGAACAAGCAGAGCAACAGGGCCACUCUCUCUGUGUCAGCACACAGACCCAGAGCCACAGUGAGAGCAUCCAGGACGUCCAUACCAGUGGGCGGCUCUCUGACUCUGACCUGUUCUGUGGAGGAGUCUGCUGGUUGGAGCUACGACUGGUUCACACGUUCCCCAGACGCUGAUGAAACCGCCAUCGCAACAAAUCCUGUUCAAAACUCUCUGAGCAUCUCACAGGGAGGCAGCUACUGGUGCAAGGGAAGAAGGACUCACUCAGAUUUCUUCUCAGAGAAGAGUCACGUGCAUCACAUCGACAGAACCUUGUCCAACAGAAGCUUUGUCGUGCUGCAACACAACUGGACUCAGAUAUUCAGCGGUGAAACGAUCUCUGUCAGGUGUGAGAUCAAGGGAGGAGGAGACACCCAGUGGGUAUAUGAAUGGAGGACAACAAGCUCCCACCAACCAGUCACUGGUCCAAACACAGCUCCCACACACAGUGAAUACAGGCUGGGCCCUGCCUCUGUUUUCCACAGUGGAGAGUACUGGUGUAAGGCCAGAGCUGACUGGUAUUCCUCAACAGAGUGGAGUGAGGCCUUCAAGCUGAGAGUAACACCCGAUAAACCCAGGCCCAGGCUGACUGCCGAUAACACAACCAUCAAAGGAAAGGGAAGCGUAGCACUGACCUGCUCUGUGGAGAACGCGUCUGAGUGGAGAUACGACUGGUUCAGAAGAACCUCAGCCUCCUCUGCAGCUCAGAUCCUAAGAUAUAAUGAAACAGAUGAUGAAAUCAGCAUCUCAGAGGAAGGCAUCUACAGCUGCAGAGGAAGGAGAGGAGACACAACCUUCCUCACAGAGGACAGCAACCCAGUCACUAUAGAGAAAAGAGUUUCCCACAAGGCGUCUGUGGCCCUGCAACCUGACUGGUCUCUGGUCUUCAGCGGUGAGAUGAUCACUGUACGGUGUGAGGUCCCUGCAGAUGUCCUGACUGAGUGGGAGUAUGAAUGGACCAAACCCAACUCAACUACGGUUCCAACACACAAUGAAUACAGGAUUGUCAACGCGUCCUCGUCCGACAGUGGAAGCUACAGGUGUUUGACUAAAGACAAGAAGAACUUGAAUUCCACGGCCGAGUGGAGCGAUGACGUCACAUUAACAGUUUCUGGUGAGAAAGACAGACGGCUGCACCACGACCUGUCCUCACUGUGUCACCAUCAUGGCCGACUCCUGGAGCCCCAGGGACUCUCACCUGUGGGGGGGUUCCACAUCCGACUGCAGGGUGGAGGUUCUACUGGAAGCAACGGAGGGACUGAACAAAACUCCUCCAUCAUCCAAGGCCUGACGGAGUCAGCAGGUUAUGCAUGUCGAGCUGGAAGAGGAGACCCCGUGUUUUACACUGAGUACAGUGAGACAGAGUGGGUGUGGCAUGUAGUGAGUCCGGACAGAGUGCAGUACAACUAUCGUGAUGAGAUCUAUAUGACCUGCGAGGGGAGAUCUGAUGAGUGGAGAUUGUGGAUGUUUUCUGAAGACAAAGUUCAAGGUGAUGUUAUCCUGGACAGCCCUGUCUAUUCUGUGACUGAGGUACAGAGCGUUACACUCAGCUGCUCAUGGUUCAGAAGAAGAAAACUCGAUUCCAACAUCUCUUUCUACAAAAAUGGUGAACUCCUCCAAAGUGAUGUCAGAAAGAAACUGGAAAUCUCAUCUGUGUCAAAGUCAGAUGAAGGUUUCUACAAGUGUGAACAUUCAGGAGUCUUCUCACCGGAGAGUUGGAUGUCAGUGUGAUCAAUAUGAGGUAAAAAAGGAGUCUCCAGGUUGAGAAGUAGAUUAAAAACGUUUCUACUCAGUAUUUUCACUGAGACGGUUUCUAAACAUCAGGUCCACUUGGUCAAUACACUUAUAAAACUUUCCCCCAUAUUUUAC